UGAGUCCUUUGAUAUGUUUUGCUUAUAUAAUGUUUUUUUGUCUUGCAGUGACGUGUCUGAACUGUACCGAGGCAUCUGACACCUAUGAUCAGUUUAUGGACAUACAGCUGGAUAUUAGGAUGUCAAACAGCAUUAACCAAGCCCUGUGUCAAUAUGUACAGCCAGAGCAAUUAGGAGAAUGCAGCUACCGUUGCAGCAAGUGUCAUCAAAUGGUUACGGCAUUAAAAACAGUUACUGUUCACCAACCAUCCAAUGUGCUAACCCUGUGCCUAAACAGGUUCGACAUUUUCAGCAAUAGGAAGAUUAAAAAGAGUGUAGCGUAUCCGGAAUGUCUUGAUCUCCGGUGUUACACCUCAGAGCCAAAUGGAACACCAAUUCUUUACAAUUUGUAUGCCGUUCUUGUCCACGCUGGAACAACCUGCAAUAGUGGACAUUAUUUCUGCUAUGUGAAGGUAAGAAACCAGAUUCAUAGUGAUCUUGUCUGGGAAACAAUUAAGGGAUGUAUUUUGCAUAAAAAUAUUUUUACAUAUGAUCCCUGUUAGAACUAUUCUAAGAUAUCUGAUUUGUAUUUGCACUGUAUUAGAAAUACCUAGCUUAUGGCUCCAUCUCAUCAGAUUAGUUUCCAAAUCACUGGGUAGAAUAUGAAAAAUGUCCAAUAGCCACAUAAUAUUGUCACUAAAUUCCCA